GAGAUUGCGAAGUUCGGCUCUUCUUAGCGCGCAUGCGCCCCGCAGCCGCCGUCGUGCGGAAGAGAUGGGAGCGGCGGAGGCGGACCGGACGCUCUUCGUGGGCAACCUCGACCCCCGCGUGACCGAGGAGCUGGUCUUCGAGCUCUUCCACCAGGCAGGCCCAGUCAUUAAAGUAAAGAUCCCGAACGACAGGGAUGGGAAACCAAAACAGUUUGCAUUUGUGAAUUUCAAACAUGAAGAAUCUGUUCCCUAUGGCAUGAGUCUGCUUAAUGGGAUCAAACUUUUUGGGAGACCACUCAAAAUUCAGUUCCGAUCAGGGAGCAGUCAUGCAUCUCAAGAGGUCACUUCACCAUGUGCCCCCCAUGGAUUUGCAAACGGAAACCCCUCAAGUCCACAGCAUCUAGCAGCAGCAUACAGCAACAGAUUCGAGAGGAACAGCGAGAACAUGUCAGCUGUUCAGAGAUCCUUCUCACCUCUAGACAACCAUCAAACAAAGGCCAUGAUGACUUUGGCAUGGCAGCAGGUCCCAUCGUAUGGUGGAAGACACAGCUCUUCGCUUCCGGAGUCUUUGCCUGCAGGCCAGCAGGGUUACUCCUUCCCCCGGUCCUCGGCCUCCCCAGCGCACUGGCGCUCUGAGCCUCCCCGCAAGGGCAGAGUGGCUUCCCACCCGUACCAGUCUGGCCACAGGCACCACGGCCAGGAGCAGAGGGGGGUUGUGGACUGCGGCUCCAAUUACGCCUUCCGAGGGAACCGGGAAGAGCAUUACCACGAUGACAGGAACUAUGGGGGCUGGAUGAAUUACGACAGCCAGCGUUUCCAAGAUGGCAAAUGGCACCCUUCCCGUCACUAGCAAGUAUUUUAUGAACGGAUUUUAUGAACAUUUUUUCUUGACGGUUCUUUCCCUUUUUAAAGCUUCUUUUCUUGUCUUUAUGAAGAGCUUGUAGAUGGUAACUCCAUAAGUUACCUUUUUAAAAAAAAAAGUUUUAUACGUAUCAUCUGCAAUGUGUAUUUUGAGAGAAAAUAAUUUUUGAAUUGUAUUAACUUCCCCUCAGGGUUUAGGCAAAAGAAAGAAGAAGAAAAAAGUGCCACACUUUUAAACAGGUAAAGAAAAGAAGACAUUGUGUUUAUUUUAUAAGGAAAAAAGUUCUGCUGCUUUGGUUUUAUUUUAAAACCAGUGUUGGUAUUUUUAUACAAGAGCCCCUGAGGUGGUUCUGGUGUUGCUCAGAAAAGGGCCGGGAAGGAGAAAGUUUGGUGACCGUUGAUAAUUUGGGUAACAGUGUUUUGCUACGGGAAUGAAAUUAUUGAAUAUUCGUUGUAUUAAGUGUUUUGCCUUGUGAGAUCUACAAAUAGAGCAAAUUUGCUAGAGAAUUUGAUAAUCGGUAAUGAAGGAUGUGUUAUUUAUACUAACAGACUCCUUAGUUUUUUUUUUAGUUGAUCUGAUCUCAUGGUUUUUAUAUUAAGGAGAGCCUGCAGUAUCAUUAAGUGAUUACUGCUUCUCAGGAAAUUAUUGCAUGCCUCUGCCCCGUACUACAUAUGUAGAAAAAAAUCAACGUUUUUUUGUAAAACACUUUAAAAAUUAGAAAUUUCUAAUUUAGGUAAAAUUAGAAAACCAAUAUUCAAUGAAAUGAGAAAGAGGUAAGUAUUGAUGAGAAUAUGCACCCAUUACAAGCUUAUAAGUAAACAUUUCAUCAUAAAAUGACUAGUUCCUGAGGAACUCAAAAUACUCAGUACCUGGAGAGUAAAAUCUUGCUUUUCAGUCCCCCAGUGUUUACACUUCCCAUCCCUUUCCUGGAUUUUGCGUCUGAAAUGCCAUCACUGCAUGCAACUGUAGUUCUUUGUAUUCUGAAAAAUCUUGAUGUGGCACUUCGGAAAAAGUGUUUUAGACUAGGGGCACUUUUAAUUGUAGGAAACUAGCAGGCCUAGCUUUCACUUGGCUUCAGUGUACAUCCCCAGUGCUUCCUUUAACAUUAGUCAUUGGAGUGGUAAUUAAGUGUUUGUGUUUCUGGGCACAGAUUGUGUUUCAAAUUGCUGCUUUGAGUGAAAUUAGUACUCAGCCUGCAUUUGCAAUUGGUAUACGUUUCACUUGGAGCCAUAUCCUUUUAGGGAAGAAGAAGCAGCAGUUGUAACCUGGUUCAUCCUAAUCUCUUUCCCACUUCUACAGUCUCAAGAUCACUAUUAUUUUUCUACCAAACAGAAUUCCCGAAGGAACAUAACUAGUGUUUUUUGCUGCUGUUGCUGCUUUGCUUUUUUCCCUUUUUGUUUUGAGAAGAAAGUUUUUAAGCCUUGGUUGUACUGCAUGUCUGAAGGGGUUGAUUUUUGUUAUAUUAAUGUUGACAACAUUGCUCAUAUAUAAAAUCUAUUUUCUAUUAGUAUUUCAAUGACCAUGUUUUUGAUGAUGCCAUAAUUUUAUAAAGCCCCUAAAAUUUAUUUCUAACAUUUUUCCAAGAAAUAUCUUUGAGAGUAUUAAACAUGCCCUUCCUUAGGCUUAUGUAUAUGUAUAUAAUGGCAAAAAAUAAAUUCUUUUCUUGUAAAACUGU